GGGCGGGUGUCCAGGUCCCCAGCCCCACGGCGGGGCGGGUGUCAGGGUGCCCGGCCCCACAGCGAGGCCAGCGGGUGUCGGGGUGCCCGUCCCCCCCAUCCCACUCCGAGCCCCACAGCAAAGCCAGUGGGUGUCGGGGUGCCCGGCCCCACAGCGAGGCCCGCGGGCAUCGGGACACCCGGACCCACUCCCAGCCCCACGGCGAGUCCAGGUUUUUCAGGGCACCCGGCCUCCUGCCCCACUCCCAGCUCCACGGCAAGGCUGGCGGUGUCUGGGUCCCCAGCCCCACGGCGAGGCCAGCUCUUCGGGGGCGCCUGGUCCCAUGGCAAGGCUGGCUCUUUGGGACCCCAUGGCCCCACAGCAAGGCCAGCUGUUUGGGGGCACCCAGCCCCACGGCAAGGCCAGCUCUUGGGGACCCCCACCCCACGCCAAGGCUGGCUGUUUGGGGACCCCCGGCCCCACGGCAGGGCCAUCUCCUGGCGGUGCCCAGCCCCACGGUGAGGCCGGCUGUUGGGGGCACCCAGCCCCACACCCAGCCCCACGGCAGGGCCGUCCCCGGGGGCGCCCGGCCCCACGGCCUGCGGCGCAGCUGGCUCUGGGCUGCAGGCACCCCCGGGGCCCGGCUGGCCGGAGUCGCCCCCAUUGCCUCAUCGCCUGAGUCACAGCCUCUCGGCUCUGAUCCACUGACCCAUUUUUCCAUUUCCUGGCAAAUAUUUACCACGGUCUCUGCAGUAACAGGCCCCCAGGCUGCAGCAGGGCCGCGGACGCCCCCGGCCCGGGGAGCUGAGCCCCUGCCCCACGGCGCAGCGGCCCAGGGCCCCCCACCUGACCCUGCAGCAGUCCUGGCCCCUCGGGCCCCCCGAGUCCCCAUCACAGGCUCUGCACCGGGCUGGGGCCGCGGGAGGCCGUGGGCACCCUCCGGAUGCCGCGGCCUGGCUAUGGGGCUGCCUCGCCGGCCCCCAGCCCUGUGCCCCGCCGGGGGCUCCCCGAGGGCGGCCUUGCCCAGGGCAGGGGGCCGAAGCCCCCCGUCCCCGUGCCCUCCCCGGGGCCGCCCGCGGCGGCUGAUCCUGCCCCCACGUGACACCGGGUCCUGAUCUCAUAAGAGCCUUUGGACCCGAGGCCGGCGCAGCCAUGGCCAGCCCCGCGCCCCGCACCGUCCUCAUCACCGGCUGCUCCUCCGGCAUCGGCCUCGCCAUCGCCGUGCGGCUGGCGCGCGACCCCCAGCACCGCUUCCAGGUCAUCGCCACCAUGCGCGACCUGCGGAAGAAGGAGAAGCUGGAGGAGGCGGCGGGGCCGGCGCUGGGCCGGACGCUGAGCAUCCAGCGCCUGGACGUGUGCAGCGACAGCUCGGUGGCGGAGUGCGUGGGCAGCGUCCCCGGGGGCAGAGUGGACGUGCUGGUGAACAACGCCGGCGUGGGGCACGUCGGCCCCGUGGAGAGCAUCAGCGUGGAGGAGAUGAAGCGCCUCUUCGAGACCAACUUCUUCGGGGCCGUGCGGAUGAUCAAGGCCGUCCUGCCCGACAUGAAGCGGCGCCGGAGCGGCCACAUCGUGGUCAUCAGCAGCGUGAUGGGGCUGCAGGGGAUCGUCUUCAACGACGUCUACGCCGCCUCCAAGUUCGCGGUGGAGGGCUUCUGCGAGAGCCUGGCCGUGCAGCUGCUGCAGUUCAACGUCUUCGUCUCCAUGGUGGAGCCGGGCCCCGUGAACACCGACUUCGAGCUGAAGCUGAUGGAGGAGGUGUCGUGCCGCGAGUGCCCCGGCGCCGACGCGGCCACCGUGCAGUACUUCAAGGACGUCUACCUGCCGGCCUCGCACGAGAUCUUCGCCACGCUGGGGCAGAGCCCCGAGGCGGUGGCCGAGGCCGUGGCGCGCGUCGUGGGGGCCCGGCGCCCCGCUUUCCGCACGCAGACCAACCGCCUCUACACGCCGCUGGUGGCCCUCAAGUACGCCGACCCCUCGGGGGACCUCUCCGUGCGGACCUACUACCGGCUGCUCUUCCGCCACGGCACCCUGCUCCGGCUCAGCCUGGGCGCGCUGCGCUGCCUCACCUGCGCCUGCUGCCGCCGCAGGGUCACCCCGGCGUGACCGCGGCCCCCGCGCCGCCACCGCCACCGCCACCGCCACCCCCACGGCCACCGCCACGGCCCCGCCGCCGCACCCCGACCCCCCGAGCCCUGGGGGCCCCCGCGGCAGGGAGCUCGCCCCGGUGGGAUGGGGGCACCGUGGGGCAGGGCCCCCCCGGCCCCAGAGGGGUUGGGGGGGAUUUUAGGGAGCCGCAGGGGGUGUUUGGGGGGGCCCUGGGGA